AUGGUAGCGGUCAAGUUUGGCAAGUUUUCAUCUCCAACAUGCGAAGGUUUAAUCAAAUCCACCGAGAGAUGGGGAUGUGAGUCCAUUAAUGGACGUGCCCAUUUUUCGGCUACGGAUUUGCUAAACAUGAGAAACUUGGUCAUUUUGUUGAUUUUCGUGAGCUGUGCAUUGUCUGUGGCGGCUGCUUGCGAGGAUAAGAACGUACAUUGUAAAUCCUGGGCAUUUAACGGUGAAUGCGGAAAAAAUCCAAAGUACAUGCUAUUCAAUUGCCCCAAAAGUUGCGGAGUCUGUCCAGUUUGCGAGGAUAAGAACGGACAUUGUAAAUCCUGGGCAUUUAACGGUGAAUGUGUAAAAAAUCCAAAGUACAUGCUGUUCAAUUGCCCCAAAAGUUGCGGAGUCUGUCCAGCUUGCGAGGACAAGAACGAACAUUUUAAAUCCUGGGCAUUUAACGGUGAAUGCGGAAAAAAUCCAAAGUACAUGCUGUUCAAUUGCCCCAAAAGUUGUGGAGUCUGUCCAGGUAUGCAUGAUGCUCAAGAAGUGAAAUAG